GGUAGUCACUUGACUCAUGACUAUUGUACAUUAGUCUGUGCUGACAAGUAGUGGGAACUGGGACCACUGAACUGAAAUCUAAACAUCGGUUAUUGAUAAAUAUUGUUUCUAAUUUAAUUGUAAAUCUAAGCUUUCUUAUUGAAGUAUAUGAUAAAGUUUAGUAUAUUAUGAUGAAUUUUUCGUGUGAUUUGUCUCAAUCAAGUGAAUAUUUGAGUUUUAGGAGUAGUGUCCCGUUACGAAAGAUAGUUGUGGAUUCUGAUGGAAUCAAGGCUUGGAAAAUAUUUGAUAGUGGUCCGAAAUCUGUUACUUGUCCCUUGAUAUGCUUACCUCCUGUUUCUGGAACAGCUGAUAUAUUUUAUAAGCAAGUAAUGGGACUUGCAUCUAGAGGUGUAAGGGUUAUUGCAGCUGAACCUCCACCUUAUUGGAAUAUCAAAGAAUGGUGUGAUGGUUUCAAAAAGCUUAUUGACUACCUUGAACUAGAUAAAAUUCACAUUUUUGGAACGUCUUUAGGAGGAUUCAUUGCACAAAAAUUUACACAGUAUACUCAGAAUUGUCCACGUGUAGUGUCACUUGUAUUGUGUAACACAUUCACAGACACAACUGUCUUUGAGUACAAUGACUCAGUUGCACUGUUUUGGCUUCUACCAUCACUGGUUUUGAAAAGAAUGCUUAUGGGUAAUUUUGCUGUUGAUAAAGUUGAUAAGAGAAUUGCAGAUUCCAUAGAUUUUAUGGUUGAAAAGCUGGAAUCUUUAACUCAAUCAGAGCUAGCAUCCCGAUUGACCUUAAAUUGUACUCCAUGCUAUGUUGAACCACAGCAUCUAUAUAAUUUGCCAAUCACUAUUAUGGAUGUUUGGGAUGAAAGUGCCCUAAGUUCAAGGGUGAGAGAAGAUCUUUACAAAUCCUAUCCACAAGCAAAACUAGCACAUUUGAAAAGUGGAGGGAACUUUCCAUAUUUAAGCAGAAGUGACGAGGUCAAUUUACAUUUACUGAUUCAUUUGAGGCAAUUCGAUGGUACGGACAUCUCGGCUUCUUACUUAAGUUUACACAAAAUGCCAGCUCAAAAUGACGAUAAUGCCGAGGAAGGUUCAGUCAGUUACUUCAACCAGAGGGAUAAGUUUGUUAAAAUAUCGUAAAUGUUUUAUAUUGUUAUGUAAUUUACGAAUUUAAUAUUAGCGCUAGAACAUUCCUGUUUAAUAUUUUGUGUGUUUAAACUCCUAUAAAUGCAGUUACUAUGACUAGUCUAAACGAAAUUCUAUUUAUUAUUUGCCAAAAAUGUAUAAAAUUAUACAUAAUUGAUAAAAAUUAAUACAAUAGAUGACGAAAAGGUUAUUUUGACUGGGUUUUUCACUGAUCCGAUAUAGUAAGUAAAAUUAGCUAAUACGUAUUUACAAGUAUAUCAAAAAUUAAUCAAUGAUGCAAAACUCAGUGAAAUUUAACUUCCAUUUUAAUUUAAGAUACUAUUUAAAAAAUAACAUAUUUUAAUAUGAAGUUUAUACAAUAAAUUUAUAUAACAAUAAAUGUCAUUAUCAAUUAUUUAUUGUAUUUAAUAGCGUUACAUACAUUUUAAUAUCAAGAUGAUUUCAUACAAGAUUUAAUAAGGAAUUUAUUAUUCCUAAUAAAAAACUUGCAGAUUUAUUAUUAUUCACUGAUGUAUUAAUUAUUACCAACAUCACAUAAUUAUCAACACACUUUGAGUUUUAAUAAAAAUUAAAUCUAAUUUAAUUAAACUACAUUCUCUUUUUGUCAAAUGGUGUUUAUGCUGUGUUGAAAAGAGACAAAAGUAUUUUGGUUAAGACAUUAAUUUCAAUUAAUAUACAACCUAGUUGCUGUGACCGAUGAAGUUUGGAAACCUUAUAACAUGUAAUAAGACUGUUUUAUGAAUCUUAUGAAAAAAAAUAUGGUCUUAUGGUUAAAAGUUAUUAAAUAUAUAUUUACUAAUUUGUUUAGUAUAUUAAUAUAGAAAUAACUUAGGGCCUAUUGCUCUAAAUCUACCAAAUUCUUUGGUGGAUUUCUAAACGAUCAAAACAUGGACUAUGUUUUGUCCUUCUCACUCUAGUGCCAAUAAUCGAAAAGGCAAUAUAUAGAAUCUUAAGUUGACAACCAAUUGUUUUAAGUAUGCAAAUUGCUUUUGUUAUUUCAAAAACUUAUUAAAGCUAGAUUUUUUACGAUUAUUAAAUAAAAUACCAAAGUUAA